CGGCUCCUAAACCAGUUCUGUAAUUCGGUUUCUGCAGCGAACAUUGUCUGGAGGACGCAUCAACAUGCAGUCGUGUGGAAUGGAACUGAUUAAGUACCUUCUCUUCUUCUUCAACCUGUUGUUUACGAUAUCCGGCAUUGGAUUGAUUGCGGCCGGUGCCAAAGUGGUGGCGGAUGUCGGCGGCUACUCCAACUUCCUGGAGGGCAGCGUCGUCGCGACGCCCGUCGUACUCAUCGUCAUCGGCGUCAUCAUCUUUUUGGUGGCGUCGCUAGGGUGCUGUGGCGCCAUACGGGAGAGCGCUCCUUUACUCAUCGCGUACGCGGCGCUGCUGGGCGCGGUGUUCAUAGCGGAGCUGGCGGCGGGCGCUGCGGCCGCGGCGAGCAAGGACCGUCUGGAGGACGUGCUCAAGACGUCCAUGGAGGACUCCCAGAAGCACUACCAGAACUCCACCAUCGAGAAGACCGCUUGGGACCGCCUGCAGACGGAGCUUACAUGUUGCGGUGUAGAAAAUUCGCAAGAAUGGAAGCCUCUUCCUCCAAAAUCCUGCUGUGCAGACCCAGACCUUUGCUUGAAAGUUUACACAGACGGUUGUCUAGAGAAACUGAAGGAUGAAGUGAAGAGCAGUGCAUUGCUUCUAGCGGGAGUCGGUAUCGGCAUUGCCUUCAUUGAGCUUGCUGGGAUAGUCCUGGCAUUGUUCAUGGCCACGUCCAUUAAGAAAAGUGUUGAUGGUGGAGGGGGAAACAGUGGUGGUGGAAAUGAGUGAAAAUUUUGUCAGUGCACACCUUGUAUUGAAAAAUUAACAACAUUUGCUUUUUGUGUACUAAAAUGCAAUGUUAUUAUUGAAAAUUACCACUGGCACUUUGUGGUCACAGUUUUUUAAUGUUAGGCAUUAACUGGUUUGCACAUUUCUAUUUUAAAUGCAUCUAAUAAAAUGCUAUCCAGAAAUCAUUGAACAGUUUCUGAAUU